AUGGAGAAAGAUGAAGACUUGGAGAAAUUCUUGAUUCAAGCAGAAAAAUCCUUCUCUAAAAGCAGCAGUGGCUUUCAAUCUGGCUGGACUCUGUAUCUUGCAACCAGCACCUCUCUUCCUCCUACAAGAGACUCUUCUACUCAUGAACAGGAAGAAGAAGAAGAAGAAGACCUUUCCAUGCUCUCUGAUGCAUCUUCUGGUCCUCCCCAUACCCAUAUUAAUAAAGAUGAUUACUUCAACUUCUACUACUGCUCUAAUGUCGAAGAUGACUGUAUAUCCUCUUCACCUAUCCUUCCUGUAACUACAUUAUCUAAGAAUGAGGGAAAGAAGCAGAAGCAAAGAAGAAAUCAUGAAGAAUCUUCAUUCAUGGAUGACUCUGCUAGUUCUCCCUUGCUCUGUUUCUCUAAGAAGGAUUACAAGAAGGUUCAAGUGGAGGAUGCCAAUCAUGCCAUGGAGCUCUCCUGUGGUUUCUCUGUAAAUCAUUUCAAGUCGGAAACUUGCAGAGCUACAGGAAAGUAG